GCCAAAAGCCCACCUGCCAGAAUCCGCCUUAAGCCCCUCGGCCUACCAAGUCUCUAAUUAUAGGCGCUUGACGCUCAACUCUCAACUCUCCGAAUUAAUGGCCCAAUGGAUUAUCAAUCUUGAGCAGUAAUCCACGGUGUAAGGUCCUCCGCGGCAAUGCUCGUAUCUGUGGUGGUUCAGCAUGCGUUGCUUCAAUGCACCUUCCCAACGAAAAGACCAUAGAUUCAGGAGAUGGGGAAGCUGGGAAGCUGCGACACUUGAACAUCGAGACGCAUCGAACUCUUCGCUGCAUCCUGGGAUACCAUGCACAUACAUAUAUGUUGCCCAUGUCAUUCACCCAGAGUCAACUAACCAAGUACGAAAGUCGCUCCCGUCCGCCAACACUGCCUCAGCCUUGGGUGGCUCCUGAAGCUAGGCCGACCGGUCGUCUCUACUAGACUAGGGGUCGUAAGGCCCCCGUCAUCCUGCAAUAGGAACUAAAGGCGACCAAGUCUCACUGGUGUCUGGGCAAGUAUCCCUCACAUCUCCUUGGCCCUAUACGAGAUGAGCCUUCAAUAGGUCUAGCAAGGUUCUCAUUGGCUCUGCCACAGCCCAUCCAAGGCUUAUGUCGUUGGCAAGGUCCUAUUUUCAUGCCGGGCAAUUUGGUUUCAUCCUUGUUCGACCGACCGACCGCACGGUGAAAAGCCAAACCUUGCCCGCAAUCCCUCUCCACUUGUCCUACCGACGGGUACCGAUCGUUCUCUUUCUGAUGUUUGACUGAGCAUAGCAUUCCCUUCUGACCUUUGUUUCGUCUUUCUAGCUCCCUAAACUGAUCGCAAAGCAUUCGCGACCGUGCGAAAUCCUUCGCCAUGGUCACUACUUGUCGAAACACAGCGCCUCCAGCGCGACUAUUGAUAUCUUCCAACAAUUUGGCCCAGGAUCAAACCACAGCACCCGCCACGGGUAUCCCUUUGGCCAUCGGCAAUCCUUUACAGAGAUUCUCAAUUCGACCUCGAAUUCUGGACCAGACUAUAUUUGGCCGGGCUGAUGGAUGUGAGGGAGAAACCGACUAUGCUUGUAUAUCGAGGCGAGGAGGAGUUUACGACGCAGAUUCAUCUUCAACUUCAACGUCUUCGGCAGAUGUCGACUCGUGGAACGGCACUCUUGGUCGAACCACACCUGAAAAUUACGAACUAUAUAAUGACGACCUCACCCUCAUUCUUCAAGACAAUGAAACCACCAUCCACGGGUUUCCUUUUACUACAGAUUCUCCGCUUAGCCCAGUGACGAGAGGCUCUCUCGGAAUCGGCUUCAACUCAACCUUUCUAAAUGCACUUGUCGACAAUGAUCUGGCCCCAAUUAAAUCAUGGGGUCUGUGGCCGGGUAGUCGGUCAGUUAGUGAGCCUCGAAAUGGACUCCUCAUUGUAGGAGGAUACGACUCAGCACGUGUUGGCGGAGAUUGGGUCACAUUUGACAGCAUCCCGACCUGCACCACCUGCCUCCAGAUCCGUGAUAUGGAAUGGAUCACCGACGACAAUAAUAAAACCUCCAUCUUUGCCGGUACUCAAGAAGCACUCCAGGUGUCUAUCAAUCCCUAUGGCGAUCUACUAAGCGUGCCGCAAGGUGUGUACGAAAACUUUGGACGCGCCACAGGAGGCGUAUAUGACCCCGACCAAAGUGGUUUUAGCUGGGUGCGUGCCGAUGGAGGAGCACCCAAUGGGACUCUGCGUGUCACACUUCAAAAUGGUUAUGAGACGGACAUUCCACACACGGAGAUCUUCACACGGCCUCGGGGUUACAACUCGACAACAGGGGCAUACGUUGUGAUGAACCAGACGGUCGACACCACCCUAAUGCAGAACGUGACGAGUUCUUCGGGUGUACCCAUGUUUGGCAUGCCAUUCUUGACCAUGAACUAUAUGAUUAUGGACGUUGAAGAAAAUCAGUUUCGGCUUGCGCCUGCGAUCCGUCAAAACUUUGCCAGUCAGGGCGGCGGCGUCAUUGAACGGAAACUCUGUGAAGGUCUCGCUGACCCAACCGAGAGCGCGACACCUCCAGGAUCGACGUCAGAGCCCGGCGGCUCUAAUGACAACCCUGAAGUGACGGACGGUGGCAGCGGCACACCGGUGGGUGCGAUUGUUGGUGGUGUCGUGGGUGGAAUUGCAGGGCUUGCCCUGUUGGCUCUUGCUAUCUUGUUUUUUCUCCGUCGUCGACGUGCUCGAGCAAACGAGGCUGCCGUCACUGGCGGGUCCACGGCGUACGACAGCACAGCACAGAAAGGCCAAUACUACCCCAACGGCGGGUAUCCCAACAAUGGAUACUAUCCAUCGCCUGGCAGCCCUCCACCCCAUCCCAUGGGCUAUACCCCUGUGCCACCAGCCGAAAUGUACGCCAGUCCGGCAACCGUCGUGCCAAAGUCGGCAACUGCUUCUGAAUUGUUUACGCCUUACUCGACCACGACGACUACCCAUCUGGGUUCUGGUCACAACGAUGCCUCCAACAUGGUGCACGAGCUACCUAGCAAUCCGCAGACAGGGACAGGGACAGGGACAGGGACAGGGACCCAAAUUUCGUCGGCCGGCUGGGGUGGCACAUCGCCUACAGUGACCAGCACGACCGACCAUGACACGAUUUCAAACACCAAAUCGCCGACACCUGGCAGAUGA